UGUGUUAUGUAACUUUCGUUGCAGCUGUGGGCGUGGGCGACAUCUGUCGGCGAGCGGAAGUGAACCGCCCACGCGCCAAUGAGAUGUCGCUGCGCGGCCCCCGGGAAAACCGGCGGCCAAUCAAUACGAAUUUUUUUUUUGGCCACUUUUCCCCCAAAGUGACGUCAUUGUUUUAAAAGGCUAUUUUGUUGCAAUACGCAUAGUUUUUUUUUUCCCUCGUCACCGAUUUCCUUUGCAGAGUGAGAGAGAAAAAGUGGAAGAAGUAAACAGUGAUAUCAACAAUAACAAGAAAGAGGUUGGUGGUGAGAUGGAGUUGCUGUGAUUCUCAGCUUGGUUUUGUUGUUAUUGCUGCUGCUGCUGCUGUUGUAGCAGCCAUGGCUCAGGGAAUCUGGGCCCGAUGAUAAUCCUGUAGGUGUCUUGAGAAGUCUUGAGCCCUGGAGGGAUUCGGGAGGAUGCCUGAGCAGAGCAACGAUUACAGGGUGGUCGUGUUUGGGGCUGGCGGUGUGGGUAAGAGCUCCCUCGUGCUCAGGUUUGUCAAGGGGACGUUCAGGGAGAGCUACAUACCCACAAUAGAGGACACCUACAGACAGGUGAUCAGCUGCAACAAGAAUAUAUGCACCCUGCAGAUAACGGACACAACUGGUUCGCACCAGUUCCCUGCAAUGCAGAGGUUGUCCAUAAGCAAGGGGCAUGCCUUCAUCCUGGUGUAUUCUGUGUCGAGCAGACAGAGCCUGGAAGAGCUGAGGCCCAUCUGGGAGGUGAUCAAAGAGGUGAAAGGUCCAGAUCUGACGCCGAUUCCGAUCAUGCUGGUCGGCAAUAAGUGCGACGAGAGUGCCGAACUGCGCGAGGUGAGCACGUCCGAGGGGCAGAGCCAAGCGCAAAAUUGGGGCGUCAGCUUCAUGGAGACCUCGGCGAAGACGAACCACAACGUGAAGCUGCUCUUCCAGGAGCUGCUGAAUCUCGAAAAGUCGCGGAACGUCAGCCUGCAAGUCGGAGGGAAGGCCACCAGUCGCGUCGCCAAAGACAAAUGCGACCUCAUGUAAUGUCAGAUUGAGCGGUGGGCGGGAGCACGCGGAGGCGGAGCAGCGACCAGGAGAAAAAAGAAAAACGGGGGCUGAACGUUGUUGUUACGCCUAUUUCACAAUUGAUCACACACACUCACUCUCAGGUAUUUCCUUCGGCUCGUUCAAACGAAAUAUAUGAAUAACUGGUAAUUUUUUUGUGGAAAAGGAGGAUGGAUGAAGCGCGCGGCGUACCCCACGUGCACUUGAUUCUAGUCUUAAGUCUUGUACACAAGCAGUGAUAAUAUCUUUAAGUUAGUCUUAAUUUAACAACAAAAAAACAACUAAACUUUACCAUUCGCUUAUAUUUGAACUAUUCCUAAACCGGUCUCUCCCAAAAUCUAAAAAACCUUCAAAUAGUUCAAAUGUAUUCGAAUAACAAGUUCGAUUAGAUACAACGAUUAUGUUACUUCCACCAAUCAAAACACUUCAUUUCUUCCAACGAAAAUAAGUGAACUUAAGUUGAUAGCUCAUUGUUUAAACUGCCCUAUUUUUAAAAAUCUAUAAAACAAAGAAAGCUAAAGUAAACUUAACUUUUAAUUACAUUUAGGUGUUGAUUUAAGUGCACUUUCAAAAAAUUGACAAAAAAGAAAACAGUUGUUGUUUGCAUUUCUCAUACUAAUCACAUAUUGCCUUGAUUCAAGAAAACAAAACUCUCCUCCCACUCGAAAUUAACUAAACUUUUCUAAAGUGUACUUAACGUGUGUUUGUUGUUUUUUUUUCUUUUCCCGUAGUCUUUAAGUGCACUCGCGAUACGCCGAUCGCCAAAGAGUAGGUGCGCUUUCGCCCUCCGACGUGGAUCGACUGUUUUUUAAGUGCCCAACUUUGCGGACAAUAUUAUUAUAUAAUUAUUAACGAAAGCUCUCUAUGAAACGAUCGAAGAUGCUGACGACGAUAUAAAACAAAAAAAAACGUGAGAGGGUAAAACAAUAUGUACAUAUUAUUAUUAUUGAUGAUGAUGAUGAAUACAAUCUUCGCUUACUUAGCUUAUUACGAUGAUGAUGACGAAAUGAGUAGAAUCAUCGAAAUUGCUUCGAUUCACGCUGCUGAUUUGUUGUUUUAUGUGUGUCGAUGAUGAUCAUGACGAUGACGAAGAACAAAAAAAAAAUAUAAUUGAAGACUGAUGAUUGUUUGACGCUAAUUUGUAUUUCGUUUGUUUUUUCGCGACUCUCUCCGCCUACUUGAGAAGUAGAAGUAAAAGAAAGGGGGCGUGGCUAGCGUUGAACCACGCCUCCAUAGAUUUGAGUUUUAGUUAAUUUCACACCCACACACACAUAUA